AGGAGUCCCCCCAAAGUGGAUCAUUUCUUUUCCUCUGAUCAUUCACUCUCCAGUUCAGACUUGCAAUGAGUGGACUGAGGUCUCCUGUGCUGCUGGUGCUGGUGCUCUUAAUGUUGUCAGCAGGUUAUUGCAAAGAGAGAACUGACUCCGUAGACCUAAAAGACAGGCAAAGCCUCUUCAAUCUCAUCAUGGAGAUUAUUCAGGAACUGAAAAGGUACCACAUGGAAGAGGACAACGGGGUGCAAUACUUCUCCAACCACGAUUAUACUUUAGACCGAAGAGAAGUAGCUGAUUAUGGAGAGUACCAGGACGAGCAGAGAGCUGAAAUAGUUCCUAGAGAUUUGAGGAUGAAAGACAAGUUUUUAAAGCAUUUAACAGGUCCUCUCUAUUUUAGUCCAAAAUGCAGUAAACACUUUCAUCGGCUUUAUCACAAUACAAGAGACUGCACCAUCCCAGCUUACUAUAAAAGAUGUGCCAGGCUUCUUACUCGGUUGGCAGUAAGUCCAAUGUGCAUGGAAGGAUAAGAUUUCACCAUACAGAAAAGACACACCAAGAACCAGGAGAAGUGCCUUGGAAACCAACAGGGAAAUAGAACUUAAUACCUUUAUAACAUAUUCCAUUGUGAACAAGAGGGUUUAUUUUUGCAGAUUGACAGACUAUUUCCCAUAAUUCUUUUAACUGUUUUGUAUGUUUUCAACAGUUUGCAGAUCUACAUUCUUUACAGUAGUAUAACUGCCAGUAGUACUUACUGCUCCAUACUUAAAAGUACACUCCACAUUUGAUAUGUAGUGCUGCCAAAAAUUACAUGAACAUGUACCCUUCAGCCAGAAAUUAAUGUUCUGUUGCUGAAUUCUGAGACUUGGAGGGAUGUUUGUUUAUAUACCCAGAACUCUUAAUGAAUCUACUCCACAGCAGUGGUUUUCACUUGAUAUUCUUCAUGCUUAUGCAAUUAAGAGAGAUUUUGGAUAAAACAAACAUGUUGGAGGGUCACAUUGUACCCUUGGAGUACAAGUUACAAAUUGCAUGACAAAUACAAAACACAAUUCCAAGUGAACAUGUUUUCUCAAGACAGAGGAGUGUGGAUUUUGCAUACACACACAAAUAUGCCAUUAGU